GGCAGCAGCAUCCAGCCUUGUGUAUUACGUGUCUCUUGAGUGUUGUAACGUUGUCUCUGUGUUUAAUUUUCUUUCAAAAAUAAUCACUAUGAAGUGCAUCAUGGCUCCCAAACAUAGCAAAACCAGUACUAGUGCUAGCAGCAGCAAGAGGCAAAGGAGAAGUAUCAAUUUGGAAGCGAAACAAAAGGUAUCCCAUGUAGCUUUGCUAGGUAUAUAAUAUGGUGUUCCCACAAAUCCCAAAUCACAUAAUGUCCUGUUUCGUAGAAUGUAUCAUGAUUGUUAAGCGAUGCAUGACUGUACUGAAUUUCUGACCUGGCUUGGCAGGAAUGCCUGAUACUAGUACAGUGAAACCUGAGAGUCGGAACCCAACGAGACUCCCUUAUUUUCUCGGGUCUCGCAAGUUUUCCCCCUUUGACGGGGUACGGUCUUAACCACUUUUGUAUCACUUGUUUUAGUGGAAAAUAUUUGAGUUUUCCUUCUCUGACAGGUUUCAGCUUUAUACAGUUCUGGCUCUUGCAUGUUUUACUGUAUAUGAGACCUAUGCAAAGAUUUUGGACCGGAACAUCACUAAGGUUAUUACUGAAGAGAAAAGAGGACUACAAACAUUCAAGCUACAGAUAUAAAGUCUUAUGUUUACAUUUCAUGAAAAUCACUUGUGUGAUACAAGUUGCGAGAUGUGGAUUAAUUUCCUGGGGAGUUUAGUUGACCAUGGGUCGCCAUGAGUUGGAAUCAACUCAGCGGCAACUGGUUUGUUUCCUUUUUUUUUUUUUUUGGUGUUUUCAUUGUGAACCAGCACAGCCAAACUCUGAACCACAGAUAGAGCAUUGUCUAUGGUUCUGUGUGUCAUGUGUUGAGGAACACUGCCAGCCAAGAGUAGAGGGAGUUCAUGAGCUCCUGAGAUUGUGUACAUUUGGGGGGUGGGGGGAAGAGUCCAAGCCUUUAUCUGGUAUCCAGAGGGAUUUCGGUCCCCUAAAAGACUGAAUCACGGAAACUGUUGGCUGAAGAGGACACUGAUUUUUAAAGUGGUAUGUGUUAGUCAAAAAAGUGUUCAUUAAAUAUUUGAAGAAAUUAAGUCUACUAAGUACUUAGUCACAAAGGCUAAGGCAGUCAUGAUUCCUGUCCUCAAGGAACUUCAGUCUAGAGAGAGAGACACAGUAAACAAAUACUAAUUAACAAUAAUAGUAAGUGUUGAUGUUUUAAAAGCAUUUAUUGGUGUGAGACAGCUUUAAAUACUCUACAUGUAUGAACUCUCUUUUAAUACCCUCAAACUCUAUGGGGGUGGUAGGUACUAUUACUAUGCCUAUUUUGCAGAAAAGGACACCAGGGCACAAAAAAGGCCAAGUGACUUGCCAAAUAGUUAAUAAUUGGCAGAGCCGUGAUUUGAGCUCUGGUAGUGGUUCCAGAGCCUGCACUCUUUAAUCCUCCACUAUGUAAAUUAUUUAAAUACAGUUGGGAUAAGUGCUUUAAGAAAAAUAAUCAAAAGGAGAGCUAAUUUAUGGUUUGGGUGAUGGAAGAAUUGUCUCCAAGGAACUGUUACUAAAGCUGGAAUUAGCCAACUAACGGGUGGCAAGAGUGGGGGGUAGGGAAAGGAGGCCAGAGAGAAUUAUAAUAGAAGGGAAAAACAUAUGCAGAACUCCUAAAGGAUGAGAAGGAGCUUGCCACAUUCAGGGAACAGAAAGAAAGCAGUGUGGCUGGAACUAAUGAAUGAGGACGAGAAGGGUAAGAUGUGAGGUAGACGACUUUGGGACUUAUCUGUGUGCCUAAUGUCUAUCAAGCACAGCCUCGUAGGCCGUGUUGAAAAUUUCAGACUUUUCUCUAGAAACAGUGGGAAAUCACUCAAGGCUUUUAAGUGAAACCUUCAUUUGAUCACUGAAUAAAUGAGAUGACUUUUAUUGGCAAACAUUUUCUGUAAAAGGCCAGUUAGUAAAUAUGUUAGAUUUUGCAGGCCAUUACGGUCUCUGGCACCUACUCAGUUCUGCUUUUGUAGCAUGAAAGCAGCCAUAGACAACAUGUAAACGAAUGAGUGUAGCUGUGUUCCAGUAAACGUUUAUUUAUAGACGUUGAGAUUUGAAUUCCGUAUGAUUUACACGCGUCACGAAAUAGUCUUCUGAUUUUUUUCAACUAUUUAAAGAUGUAAAAAUCAUUCUGUGCUAGUAGACUUGAUUCUUCAUGUUACACUUUUGUUUUUUUCCUUUUGUUUUCCUCAGUGGAAUAUAUCUGGUAACACAGUGCUUGGCAGUAGUAGUCACCCAGCCAGUGUAUUAUUUGGCUGAAAGGUGAACUUCGGGUGAACUACACGUUUUUACUCAAAUGGAUAUGAGAGAGACCUUAUGGAGAGGACUCAUGGAAGGGAGAAGGCUCAGCCUUCCCAGAUGAGUGUAGCCCCUAGUCAACCCACCAGCUGAAGGCAGCAUAAGGAAUGACUGCAAGCAAGACCAGCCGAGCUGAGCCAAGCCUUAAUUGUAGAAUCAUGAGCAAAUAAAAUGUUUGUUGAUUUAAGCCAUGUGGUAGUUUGUUAUGCAGCGAUGGAUGUUAAAGGGAAAUCCUCAUUGACAAUUCAAUUUGUUGAAGGCCAAUUUGUUGAUUCCUAUGAUCCAACCAUAGAAAACACUUUUACGAAGUUGAUCACUGUAAAUGGACAAGAAUAUCAUCUUCAACUUGUAGACACAGCUGGGCAGGAUGAAUAUUCCAUCUUUCCUCAGACAUACUCUAUAGAUAUUAAUGGUUAUAUUCUUGUGUACUCUGUUACAUCAAUCAAAAGUUUUGAAGUGAUUAAAGUUAUCCAUGGCAAAUUGUUGGAUAUGGUGGGGAAAGUUCAGAUACCUAUUAUGUUGGUGGGAAAUAAGAAAGACCUACAUAUGGAAAGGGUGAUCAGUUAUGAAGAAGGGAAAGCUUUAGCAGAAUCUUGGAAUGCAGCUUUUUUGGAAUCUUCUGCUAAAGAAAAUCAGACUGCUGUGGAUGUUUUUAGAAGGAUAAUUUUGGAGGCAGAAAAAAUUGACGGGGCAGCUUCACAAGGAAAGUCUUCAUGCUCGGUGAUGUAAUUCUACUGCAGAACCUGAGGACACUGGGAAUAUAUUCUACAUGAAGAAGCAGACUGCCCGUUUUCCUUUAAGAUAAACUGUGCUUCUUUUUUCUUCUGUUAACCUGGGAGAUACCAUUUGGGUCAGAGCUUCCCCCCUCACUUUCAGAUUAUGUUAAACUCUGACUCUGUCCAAACGAGUUCACUUCCAUUUUAAGCAAUCAUAUUUUCAAUUUAUAUAUUGUAUUUCUUAAUAAUAUUAUGACCAAGAAUUUUAUCGGCAUUAAUUUUUCAGUGUAGUUUGUUGUUUAAAAUAAUGUAAUCAUCAAAAUACCUAUUGUUACACUACUCUAAACUAAGCUUGAUACAUCAGUGUUUUACUUCAUUGUGUUAAAUGUAUACUUGUAAAUAAAAUAGCUGCAAACCU